AUGGAUCUUUAAAGAGAAUAGGAAAUUUAAUAACCUUUACUGGAGGGUUAGAUCGCAAAUUAAUCAUAGACUAAUGAGAAGAAGACCAAAGGACUAGUACCUGCAAUAAAUAAAGAGUAUCAAUGGAUACUAGACUAGUUUAGAGAAACUGACUAUUCUAAAGCAGAUAGCAGGAUUAAAAGUAUACCAUUCAUUUUUGAAAAAGAUGGGAAAAAUAUUUCUGUCAAGCAAACCAUAAUGAUACCUCAUAAGAAAAUGCUAGUAGUAGAAUAUUCCUAUGAUAAUAAGGAUGAAUUUAGAAAAAUUGAUUUCAUAGAUUUUAAAACCUUUUAAAUUUUGAAAACAGUUGAACUAACGGUUAAGAACUCUGUUAGUAAAAUUUUUUACACUGAGUUCAAUGAUGUUGAUUAUAUCUUUUACCCCGAACAAUAUUCUGUAUACUUAAUCAAACUUGAUGACAUGCUUGGGGAAAAGUCUGAUUAGCAUUUAAUUUAAUUUGAUUUCUAAAAAGACGGAUAUUUCUUUAAUGCAUAUGUCACGGACAAAUUCAGCAUAUUACUAGUUUAUAAUGAAAACACGUAUAUAUUUAAACUUGAUAACUCUCCCAUAGAUUAAAUUAAACCUGACGAAAAAGUAGGCUUUAAAAUUAAUAUUAUGAGUCACUUAGAACUUGAAAAAUAUAGAAACGAAUGUUAAUCUCUAUAAUCUUUUGUAAAAGAUAGUGAUCAAAGUUUCUAUCGGUUCUAAAGCAAGGACUACAGUUAUGACUCUCUAUACAAACUAAGGAAUCACUUCAUUUUUCAUUAUUAAAGUGAAGAGAAAACAAUAUUUAUUGAUAAUAAUUCCCUUUAAAAAGUUAAACAAUUCGAUAAAAUCUAUUACUCAAUUAAACAUUUAGACUUUACAAACUUAAGGGAAGGUUAUAAACUAGUCCCAAUUAUGUAUGAAGGAAAACAAGUAUUUAAAAGAGAUUAUUUAGAUAACAUUAGUAACUAUCUUAUUCAUAACUCAAAGCAGGAUGAUUUGAUAGUGCUUUUGGACUUAAAUUCUGGAAUUAAAAAGGAAAUAUCAUGGAAAGAAUAAGGAAAAUGCAAAGAAUAUCUUCGUUUAGAUCAUUAGGCCAUGUUUAAUCCAAAUUUCAUUGAAAUGAUAUCAUCUUGGUCAGAUAAAUAUAAAUUAGUAGAUCAUAUCAACAUAGAGGAUAUUUUUAUCAAAAUUGACUAUGAAUACAUAUAUCUUAAUGAUAAUCGCAGGGUUAAAUGGUCAGAUUUCAGAAAUAAGUCUGGAUUUUUAUUUGAAAAAGAUUUCAGAUUCUGUAUUAUGCAUAACUAUUUAAAUGAUAAAUAAUACAUCUUGGUGUAAUCAAGUAGUAAUAAAUUAGUUUAUUUUGAUAAGCAAAACUAAAAUUUUUAAGAGAUUAAUUUUACUGAAGAAUUGAAAAUAUUAAGAGAUCCUAAAGAAGCAACUCUAGAUGAAAAUCUAGGCUACUUAUUGAUAAAAUAUUAAGAUGAUGUCAGAAUAUUUAGUCAAAAAGAUUGGAUGAUUAUUAAAGAUAUAUCAGGCCCUUGGUAGUCAAAUUCAUUUUUUAUGAAAAAUAACUAUAUUUAAAUAAAUUCUGAACAAUAAGGCACAAACAUCAUAUUUUUCAAGAAUAAAAAAGUUGACAAAAUUAUUCAGAUCUAAUAAUUAAAAUCGUUUAAGGAUCUCUCAAUAUUUAAAUCUAGUCAAAAAGAGUUUAAUUACAAGGCUAAUUAUAUAUUUAGAAAUGAAGGCUAAGGGAGAGAUUUCUAAUUGUAUAAUAUGACGCUAAACAAUUUCGAAGACUUGUUUAAUGAAGAAUUAUUGAUUUAACCUGUUUUUCCAGCAUUUUAUUUUGACUAUGCUUACAAAAUAAACAUAAACUCAAGCUAAGUAGAGAUAUUUAUUAAAGGGGAACAAUAGUAAGUUGGAUAUUUUGAUGUAGAUAUUUCUGAUCACCUAAUAUAAACUUAUGGAGAAAUAAUUACCUUACCUAAUGAAGUGAUCAUCUAGGAGCUUACUCAUAAUGUAAAAAACUACUUUAAAUUUGUUGCUGGAUAUGGAACAGUAUUUGGGUUAUUUCAAAACAAUCUAACUGCCCUAGAAGUCAUUGUAAAAUAGUUAUCAUUAAAAGAUAAGGAAUCCUUGCCUAUUCUAAUUUGCUAGAGAAUGAUAGGAGAAGACUCCCCUUUAGAUUUCUCAAUUAAAAAUCAUCAACAAAAGAUAAUUAACAUAAUUCUUUCGAUGAUCAUUAAAUAUUAAGAUCACAUCUUGUUUAACUAACUCAUUGACAAAAAUUUUUGUGAAUUAAUCAUGCAAUAGAUUGACUUAUAAGAAUACUUUGACAGUCACCUUCCUAUUUAUGAAAUUCUUGAUGUAUCAUACCCUAGUUAGCACUCUGAUAGCAAAGAGUUGAUAGAAGGAAUUAGAUUAGAUAACCCUAAAGAUGUCCACUAAAAAUAUGAUGAAUUAUUUGGGGGAAAAUUGGAUGAUAAAAUACACGAAGAUAAUUUUAUUGCAUCUAUUGAAUAUCAUUUGAUCAAUUUACCAACAACUUUAAGCAUUAAUCCCGAAUACUUAAUGAAGGUAUUGAGUUUAACAGAAAAGCCAGAGUAUUUUGAAAACAAAACAAUAUAAAUUAUUAUCAAUUUCAAAUGGAAUAAAUAUUCUUAAUAAUUUUACAAGAAUAGAUUCUAUGUUUACUUGAUUUUUAUGGCUUCUUUUAUUUUUGACAUUUUUUAUUCUACUUACGCAACAUAAAAAAAUUAGGAGGAGACUGAAGUGAGCAGUUAGGAAGCUGAAGACUCGCUUCCAAAUAUAUGGAUUAAAAUUACCACAAAAAUAAUAUGCAGUCUAGUACUUAUUUAUUUCUUAAUCUAUGAGAUAAAACAAAUCAGAAUUUAAAGAAGUGAGUACUUGAACGAUGGAUGGAAUUUAUUCGACUUUUCCCACAUUCUUGCAUUUACUACAUUUUGCAUAUUGGAUUUUAUAAGCUAGAAUCAAGAUAACCUAAUCUUGAUUAAAAUUCUGGUUAUACUUUUAUCAUUUAUGAAGCUCUUUUUCUUUUUGAGAAUUUAUGAUGGCUUCAGUUUCUUAGUACAAAUGAUGGCUGGAGUCUUUAAGGACCUUAAGUAUUUCUUGAUAUUCUUUAUAAUUUUUAUCUUGCAAUUUGGUAUGAUAUUCUUAGUCCUCUUCAAAGCUAAGUAGAUCGAUGAAUAUAAUGGUGUGAAUAAAUUGGCAUACUUUUUAAUGGCUUUCAGAAUAUCAUCAGGCGACUUUUAGCUUGAUGAUUACCAUAGUUAAGAUGAUGGGCUAGUAAUUCUUACAUGGAUGAUCUGGCUAAUAGCUGUCAUGACUUUGAAUAUCGUAUUUAUGAAUUUCAUCAUCGCUGUGAUUUCAGAAUCUUAUGAGAGAGUCAUGUAAAAACUUGUGGCUGAAUCAUAUAGAGUAAAAGCAAAUAUGAUUGUUGAAAGAGAAUAGCUAUUCAAUAAAGAUGACUUGACAAGCUAAAAGUAUUUCCCAAAUUUUAUUGUUGUCAGAAGACCUUUAAACACAGAGUCAAAUGAUGCUGGGGAAUGGCAGGGAUUCAUCAAAGACCUUAAGUACACCAUAAGAACAACAGUUGCAAAAUCAAAGGGAGAAAUUAUUUAAAAUCUUUAGGCAAUUCAGACUUAGAAUUUAAAAAAUGGUCAAAACCUUGAGAAGCAAUUUUGUUAGUUGUAGGAGAAUAGUAAAAAUGACUUCAGUCUUUUGAGAACAGAAUUUCAUAGUAUACUAGAUGGACUUGCCACAUAAGUUAAAGGCCUUAAAGUAGAUAAGAUUGAUACAAAAGGUGAAGAAAUUGAUUUACAGGUUAAAAACUUUGAUGCUAAGGUAGGGGGAAUCGAUUCUAAAGUCCUUAAAAUUCAGGAAGAUAUGGAAUUCUUAAAGAGUUCGAUGACCUAACUUCUUCAAAAAAUUAAUCAGUGA